GAAUUUUCUUGGAAUCUUAUAGAUUUUUCGCCCAAGAUCCGCCUGUAGGGGGACAUGGUCGACCUAAGAGUGGCGGUCUCGGUGCCUUCUGGUUUCCCCAGGAGGGGGCGCCCCCUGGGGGCGCGCACGCCGUCGGGCAGUCCUUCUACAAGUACGGCCCCCCGGGCACGCCGCACAGCGACUUCGUGCGGAUCGUGAACUCCCGGCUGCCCUUCGAGGCCCGCCCGCAGCGGCCUGGGCGGACCAUCAACGAUUGGAUCGCCGAGAGCGGGUCGCUGGGCCAGGUGCUCAAGCUCGUCGCCUCGCACGGCUCCGAGUUCGACUGCACCAACGCGGCGACGGCCAUGCACCGGAUAGCCAGGUGGUACCGCGAGGCGCCAGACAAGAGGCUGUUCUUAGACGACCGCUGGCACGCCGCGCUGCAGCACAUGGACAGGAACAGCUCUGCGUACCAGACGCGCCACAUCAGCGGGGCCCUCUGGUCCUUCGCCACCCUGGGCUACCGAGGCCCUGAGCUGGAGGGCAUGCUGGCGCGAGCGGGCAGCCGCCUGGGCGAGUUCGGCUGCAUCGACCUCGCACUCACGGCCUGGUCGAUGGCCACGCUCAAGAUCGAUCCCCCUGGCAUGUACAAUCGCAUCAGCGACCUCGCCAUAAAGAGCAUCACGGAGUUCCAGCCGCAGGCGCUGGCCAACAUAUGCUGGGCCACCGCGACCCUGAAGAAGGAGAACGACGCGCUCGUCCGGGGCGCCGCCGUCGUGGCCGCCAGGCACCUCGACGCGGGGGUGUCCUUCCGCCCUUACGAGCUGUCCACUCUAGUCUGGUCCCUGGUGGUCACGCAGGCCAAGGAGGAGUUCCUGUUCGAGCGCAUCUCGAGGUGCGUGGUGCAGCGCGCAUCGGAGUUCGGCCCCCAGGAGCUGACCAACACUGCCUGGGCCUUCGCCUCUGUGGGCGUUCGCACGCCUGGCCUCUUCGAGGCCGUGGCCGAGGAGUGCCGCGCCAAGCUGCGCCACUUCAACAACCAGAACAUCACCAACCUCCUGUGGGCGUACACGCACCUUAAGCUCGGCGGCCAGGCGCUGCUCACGGACCUCGCGCAGGUGGCGCACGCGCGGGUGCCGGAGAUGAACGUGCAGGACCUCGCGCAGGCCGCACUGUCCCUCGUGUUCGUGCGCCGGUCCGGCGCGGACGACGCCGUCCUGGGCAGCGGGGAGCUGACCCGCUCGUUCGUCCGGGACGUGGUGGAGGCCAUGGUCCGCAAGCUGAGGAGCUCCAGCCUGACGCACCCCGACGACGCGUGGAUCAUCCACGACCUAGUGCUUGUGUGGAUGGCCGAGGGCGAGGCGGAGCGGGCCUUCGGGGACUCCUGGCCCUUUCUCGACGGCUUCGUUCGCAGGCUGCAGAACCAGGUCUUGGACUUCCUGCGGAACACGCCCCUGCUGGCGCAGGCGCAGCCUUGUGGCGCAGUCGUCCGCAGCGUCCACGUGCAGGAGUACGAGCAGGAGUUUCGCGCGCUCAACUUGAGGUCUCUGGGGAUUAAGUACUCUGGCCGGAUCCUGUCGGAGCUCGGGCUCAUGGACGUGGGCGCGGAGGCAGAUUUCGCUGAAGCCGCGCGCGCGCAGCUGGAGGCCGACCACGCAGAGAUGCUCCUGGCGAACCCAGGCGGCGGCAGUCAGAACUGGUGCCUGUUUCGCUACCAGCUCACUGCGACGCUUGUGGAUGGCACCACCUCGUCUGCCAGCGAGCUGGAGGGCAUCAGGGUGCGCAGUUGUGGCAACGACCCGGCAGUGUGGGAGUUGAUGGAGCCGCCCCGCGAGGCGCACCUGGUGGCGGUCAAGCUGAGUAACGACCGUCUCAACCAUCGCCGGCGUGAUGCGGAAUUCCGCGCCCUCGCGCACGUUGCGGGCGUCAUGCGCUCGUUGUUCCCAGAUGCAGAUGCGUUGAUGGCUGCACGCUUCCGAUGGGGUGAGCACGUCAGCGGAUCGCUGCAGAUAUACGUCACGGAGGUACCAUGUCUAUCCUGCUUAGGGGCUAUGGUUCAGUUUUCACGACGGUUCCCACAUGUUCGAAUCCGAGUCUCCUACCCCGGAACAUGAUGUGAGCCGAGAGGAGUCGACCCUGCGCUGCAGCUGCACGCGUCCGCAGUCUGGAUCACUUUGUGAAGGCGAUGCUGGGUGUAUUUCGGCAGCUGGCUCUCUUUAUUACCAGAUGCUCGUUUGUUUGUCGAGUGUCAGCGCGGUUUUAUUCUUUCGACGAAGUUGUGUUUUUACUUCAUCUGUACAUGCAUGGCGUCUGCGAGCAUGGUCAGCCUGGCAUAGGGAACGUGGAGAGGGUAUGCCGUUCCGCCGACGACGCCGAGCCUGUUCUCGUCUCAGAUGUCACAGCAGUCGGCUCGCUGAAGAGGCUGACGCCAUUCCGGCAAUCGUUGAGUUCUGUUCGGCGCAGCCAAGCCUCGUCCUCAUUCCCCCCCCUCAUUCCGGAUGUCGCAGUUGGCGGCGCCAUCGCGAGCCAAGGAAUCUUUCCCCUUAUAUAUCCUUCCCCAAACAAUCACCGGCUGACCCUUUGAGUCAACCACGCCCAGAGGACUGGUGGGGCUUUUGCUUCUUGGCUCUUCUGGAGCUUGAUCCUCAGGGACAGGGAGGUGCGAUCGGGAGAAGCGGAAUGAGAUGGCGCUUCACACGCAUGGAGGGUUAUUUGGACAUCCUUGCCUGUAAAACGACGUGAAGCUGAAGCACAAGCCCUUGUUCUGCCGUUUCUGCAAAGCUGUUGUAGGCUGUUCGUGUCGGCGCGGUGCAGGUCGGCGAUCUAGAGUGGUACAGUGACGGCGGAUUCAUCAGGGCUGUAGUCUUUACAAUCCCCUUGGAGCGCGUGCAUCGGGCCCCAUGUUACGAAAACGUAUCUCACACCGCUACACCCUCGAACGAACGGCCAGGCAGUGGCAUCCUUGAUGUGCCUGCCCUCUUAGUCAGAGGCGCGCAGAGUUUCCUUGCGGGCUUCCCAGAGGUUGCACGCGCGCCACAGCGGUGACACUCUUGAGUGUUCGCCUACGCGCUGGCAUCUGCUCGGUUUCGGGUCACCAUCACGGACCUUGGGUGUGGAAGGCGCGAGCGCAUUUGUGAGGCCCCAUACAUCUACGGUCUCAGACAUCCAAUGUUCUGUUUCUUUCCAAUGCGGGCUCUCCAGAGGUGUCUGCGCUUCGGUCGGUUCGGCUGCGCCGC